AUGUCUGACGCAGAUCUCGAAGAGAUUCGCAAGGCCCGUCUGGCCCAGCUCCGCCAGCAGAGCGCCGGCGCCCAAGCCGGCAGUGGCGGAGAGGGCUCGCAGGAAGACUCGCAACGUGUUCGCGAAGCCGAGGCCCGCCAGGCCAUUCUCUCCCAGAUCCUCCUCCCCGAGGCCGCCGACCGUCUGGGCCGUAUCCGCAUGGUCAAGGAAUCGCGCGCCACCGACAUCGAGAACCGCCUCAUCAUGCUGGCCCGGUCUGGCCAGCUGCGCCAGAAGGUCACCGAGGACCAGCUGAAGGACAUCCUGGGCGCCGUAUCCGAGCAGGAGGAAAAGCAGCAGGAGAAAAUCGUCGUGCAGAGACGCGGUGGGUGGGAUGACGACGACGACGACCUGCUUGAUUUGUAA